AUGGCCAAACACCGUCCAGACAGAGACAGCUGGGGUGAGUGGUCCCUCAGUGAUAAAAAUGUCUACGACUGGAGCUCAGAGGAGGAGGAGCCGGACGGACGAGCCCGGCCCGUCCAGGUUCUGCUGGUCAAAGAUGACCACACCUUCGAGCUGGACGAGGCGGCGCUGAGUCGCAUCCUGCUGGCCGAGGAGGUCCGGGACCGCGAGGUGGUGGCCAUCUCUGUGGCCGGAGCUUUCCGCAAGGGCAAGUCCUUCCUCAUGGACUUCAUGCUGCGCUACAUGUACAACCACGCGUCUGAACUGUGGCUCGGAGAUUCAGACGAACCUCUGACCGGCUUCUCCUGGAGGGGAGGCUCGGAGAGGGAGACCACCGGGAUCCAGAUCUGGAGCGAAGUCUUUCUGGUGGACAAACCGGACGGAAGAAAGGUCGCCGUGUUGCUAAUGGACACGCAGGGCACGUUUGACAGCCAGUCGACGCUGAGGGAUUCAGCCACCGUCUUCGCUCUGAGCACCAUGAUCAGCUCCAUGCAGGUUUACAACAUCUCACAGAAUGUACAAGAGGACGACCUUCAGCACUUGCAGCUGUUUACUGAGUAUGGCAGACUAGCGAUGGAGGAGACUUUCCUCAAACCGUUCCAGUCCAUGAUUUUCCUCGUCCGAGACUGGAGCUUUCCGUACGAGUUUCCUUACGGACAGGAAGGAGGCAUGAAGUUCCUUGAGAAGAGGCUGAAGAUCUCAGAGAAUCAGCAUGAAGAGCUGCAGAACGUCCGGAAACACAUCCACUCCUGCUUCACCAACAUCUCCUGUUUCCUGAUGCCUCACCCUGGCCUCAAAGUGGCCACCAACCCACACUUUGAUGGAAGAAUCAAAGAGAUCGACGGCGAGUUCAUAAACAACCUGAAGGUUCUGGUCCCCUGGCUGCUCAGCCCUCGUAACAUCGACGUGAAGGAGAUCAAUGGCAGCAAAAUCACCUGCAGAGGCCUGGUGGAGUACUUCAAGGCAUACAUCAAAAUCUACCAGGGGGAGGAGCUGCCGCAUCCAAAGUCGAUGCUACAGGCCACAGCAGAGGCAAAUAAUUUGGCGGCAGUUGCAGCUGCAAAAGAUCUGUACAACAAGAAGAUGGAGGAGGUGUGCGGAGGCGACCGGCCCUUUCUGGCCCCCAGCGAGCUGCAGGCGCGACACGGCGUCAUCCGAGAGGAGGCGCUGCAGGUGUUCCGGGGCGUGAAGAAGAUGGGCGGCGAGGAGUUCAGCCGCCGCUACCUGCAGCAGCUGGAGGGGGAGAUCGACGAGGUGUUCGUCCAGUACAUCAAGCACAAUGACUCCAAGAACAUUUUCCACGCCGCCCGCACGCCGGCCACGCUCUUCGUGGUCAUCUUUGUCAUGUACGUGGCGGCGGGCAUCACGGGCUUUGUGGGCGUGGACAUCAUUGCCAGCUUGUGCAACAUGAUCCUGGGCCUGGCGCUGAUCACGCUCUGCACCUGGGCCUACAUCCGCUACUCCGGGGAAUACCGAGAACUGGGCGCCGUCAUCGACCAGGUGGCCGGAGCGCUGUGGGACCAGGGGAGCACAAAUGAGGCUCUGUACAAGCUGUACAAUGUAGCGGCCAACCACAGGCACCUGUACCACCACGCCUUCCCCGGGCCUCAGGUGGACGAAGCCGCCGAGGAGCAGGACAAGAAGAGGGACUGAUUAGGAAAAGACAGAACACUGCAGGGACUUUGUGUGGAGGAGCAUCCUCACCCAUCAGGCACUACUCUUUUAUUCUGGUACCGUGCUGCCGCGGCGGUACGUUCACUACUUUACUCCUUAUACCGGACUGUGUAAUGUUCCAUGCGUAAAGUCAAGAGCAGGCGAACGGACGCCAUCUACCGUCACUUUUAUGUGGAAAAAACACCUGUACAGAUACUGUAGGCACUCUGCUGGAGGAGACCUGCGCAUAUCCAACCUCCAGUCAGCUCUUGAGUUCACAUCCGCCUUUAUUUUCUCCAUCGUUUGUCUCCAUGAUUUUCAAAAUAAUAGCCAAACGUGUGAAAUCCCCCACCCACCCACCGCCUCCCUCAUUCGUGACGAUUCGUUCUGUUCUUUGAAGUUUAGUGCUGUUUAUAAGGAACAAUAUCUAUGAUGUUUGGAAGCCAAAAAUAAUGUACUGUGUGUUAACUAAUGAGUCAUCAGCAUGGUAAAUGGUUAAUGUCUGUCAUCUUUAAGCUCUAAAAACCAGGUAUAGUUUAUUAAGAAAAAAAAAAUAGUUUUAAUGGUUGUGACAAAGUGGUAUCGUGCCAUAACAUGUAAAAAAAAAAAAAAAGAAAGAAAAAAAAAAUCACUUCAUGCAGACACUCGAUGGCACUUUUGUUUUGGAGGUUGGCGGAUCAGGGAGUAGCGACACAACGGAGGAACACGAGUUUACACAUCGCAGCCGACGUUAUCUCACACUUUGCAGUUUUGUAACUCCUCUCUGAUAUACAUAUAUAUAUAUAGAUACAUGUGUGUGUGUUUGGCCUUUGAGAGGAAAGAGCGUUUCCAUUGUGACGCAGAGGCGGCGGCCGAAGCCAUUGUUGUGUUUCUCACUGAAUGUUCGAGCAAAUCCGAGGAAUGUAGCUGUUCUGCGGCCACCGAGGAAUCAAAGCGAGAUGUUAUUAGGCGUGGCGACGGGCCCCGCUCUGGAGAAAAGAGACGAGAGAGAGAGAGAGAGAAAAAAAAAAAAGGAUCUUCAUUCCACGUCUCUUUCAUCAUCUUCACAAAACUUAAGCUGAAUCAUCUGUGCAGAACUGCUGCAUGAUGAAAGAGGCCAGAGGCUCUUUGUGUUCUCCAAAACUUUGCUUGCAUUUUUUUGGUGUUUGAAUACUUUGGCUUAGCGAGACUGUUACUGUACAUUUGUAUAACUGUGGGUUUUUUUGUUUUCUAGCGCUGUCACAUACAAAAGCUGCAGCAGCAUACAGUAAAAACUCUUUUUGUUUUGUUUUUUGGCCUCGUUAGAUCUGGUCACCGACAGUAAAAGGAACACUGUCAUGCAUAUUUAGCAAGUUUAUAGUGAGGUUGGACCUCAAGGGUUGAAAAUUUAAAGGCACUGCAGCAGAGUGGCUUCUUGAGUCUUCCACAAUGUAUAAUCAACAUCACACAAAGAACCAUCUAAGACCAGUUUAAGAUCCGUGAGGUUUCUUUUCCUUUUUUUUUUACAUGACCAUGUUCUGGGUGCCGUGUCCAUUCAUGAGUAUGAAAAGUAGUGUUUGUUUACGUUGUGUUGCAAGAUUUCGUCUGUUAGAAAAGAGAUUUAACGGUUUCACUCCUCCUCAUGAACACUGGAAUCUUCUCCGGACUUGUUCUGGAGCCCAUCGGUGGCUCCCCCGAGUCUGCUCUGCUUAGUUUCAGCACACGCGUUGCAGAAUUUCAGUUACAAAGAAAUAAACUAAUAAAGAUGGACCAAAUUAAUGAAA